AGUGAUUAAAGCGUGCUGUUAUUUGCCACGCUCGUUUCGUUUCUAACGUUCAUCUUCUACAUAGAGAAAAACUAAAAACUGAAGUUUUUGUAUACUAUGCGUAACGACGAAGGGUUUCGAUUCGACACGAUCGUAAAUUUAUGAGUAGCGUAAGUGUUUGUCGAAUUGACGUGAUUAUCGAUCCCUGUCAGUGACAAUAUUACAAAUAACGUGCGAGCGUGCUGUUGCCAAAUGUUGCCUAACUACCUAAACACUGCAUACCUAUGUGCAUAUAUAUCAGUGCACGGUGUGGUUUGUCAAAAAACCGUUAACCUAACAAUUAUUUCGUGCAUCAAGAAAGUUACGGAGAAUAUUCCAUAAAUAAAAGCCCGGGGAACGUUAACGUUCGAUGAUUUGCUAAGCGUUACGUUGUUGUUGUGAGAUGAAAUGCACGUUUAUGUCGCAUAACGUUGCGAUAAACGUUUCGGAAUAUGGUUACAUGGUAGAAAAAUUCAUCCCAAUUUGCAGGAUAUUGCGAUUUCCUAUUUUUGUAUGGUGAAAAUGGCCCAUGCUCUAUUGCCGAAUCUUCGUAACUCAAUAUCCGCAUCUAAUAUGUGCCCUACAAAUUUUACUCCAUCGACUGCCUUAUCCGACGUGCUGAAUUCUGAGCCAGUGAAACGUUUGUUUAAUCAGCCGAAUAUUGUUAUUAAAACGAUUCCCUCGAAAGCUCGUGCAACUUCUGCUUCGUACAAUAAUAAUGUCGGAAACGAAGCGUAUAAUCUUGAUUCAAAUGUAAACACAUCAAAGCUGUCGGAAUUAUCCAUAGUUCCUUUACCGAUAGAUCAAGAGGAGGAGAAUCUGUUACCCUCUAAGAAAGAAGGUAAAUCAGAAAUUGCUUUAGUGCCUAUUAAGAGGGUGAAGAAGUCUUGCGGUCACUAUGAACCUUGCGAAAACAUUGUGUGCGAAGUGUCUGUACAACAAUACGUAGAUAGGGACGGAGCAUCGCCCAUGUUAGCCGUUCAUAUAGAAGAAGACGAAAUAAAUGCACCCGUAUCAAAGCAUUGCGCUAAUGCAAAGUGUGAUGCAUUGAGCAUCGAUCACGAUCGUUGUCGCAGAGCUGUGAUAAGAUUAAACAGAUGCAAUCGUUCAACUGCCUGCGACAUUUGCGGUAUCGAACUUCAAACGCGAAGGUGUCGCGUGCAUCAUAAAAAUUGUAAACGCAAGACUGAAUACAGACAUAACGAAACCAGCGGUGCCCAGGUACUAAAAGAAAGAAUGCGCGAGAGAGAAAUUCAACUGAUAGCAGCUUCUAAAGCGAAAAAGAACAAUUACAUGGAUCUUGGUACGGUAAUGGAGAUGCUAAAAAAUAACGAAGAAUUAAUUAUUAUUCCGAAAUCGGUUACUGCAGAACAACCCACGGGUGCUGUAACAACUGUGGCUACUACUCAAACUGCUCAAGUUAACAGCAUGUAUAACGUUUUUGGAAAACUUUUACCUAGUAUACCAAUUGUAUUACCGCAACAAAGUAUAGUCCUUGGAAAGUCACAGAGUUCUAAUGAAAAUGAUACAACUAUCCCGGUAAACGUAGUCUUGCCUGAUACUUUGAAUAGACCAGUUGUAACAACGACCAGUGCUGCUUCUUUACCUCAAAGUCAGUUUGUCACGUUUGCAACGCACCAUAACGCACAGCCAUUAACGUUAAAUGAUUUACUAUUUUCUCAAUCGUCGUUAGUGACGUCGUCGGCUGCUCAGCCUACACCGUUGCUAACACCUAUACGCGUUGUACCUAUAACUAAUUUAAUAACAGAACCAUCGUUAUUACAUCAAACACAGGGUAUACCAAAGUUUUGUAUCAUAGCAGAUCCCCCGGUACCGAUACCGGUAUCGGCACCGCUGCAAGUACCGGUAUCGACACCAUCGUCAUUAACUGUUUCACGAAUUACUAAACGGUUGAACUCUGUGCCAAAAGUCAAUACUCCGAGUGUUUCUAAAAGGACAUUACAAAAAAAGAAGAAAAAACGAAAGCAUAAAAAGAAAGAGUUCAAAUGCGAGUAUUGCCUUAAAUGCUUUAGUACAGAAUGGUAUUUUAAAGUGCACGUUGCUAAGCAUUCAGACGUAAAACAAUUUCCUUGUAAAAUAUGUACAGCAUGCUAUACCAAUGAAGACGAUUUAGAGAGCCACAUGUUAAAUGAUCAUACGCGCAAAAAAAAAUCUGACAGCGCACAUAACCAGAAAAGUAACGAACAACCUUAUAAUUGUUUAGACUGUAAUACUGUUUAUAAAUCUGUUAUUCACUUGAAGCGUCAUAGACAGAAGUAUCACGGAAGAACGGUAUGCUCGUUAUGUCAAAGUGAAAUUCUAAUCGAAGAGCUAGAAAGGCACAUAGCGACGGAACACAAGAAACGCAAUAAGAUUGUGAAAAUAAAAGAAGAAACAGUCGAAAACGGUGAUACCUCUGAUGGUAAAAAUGAAGUUAAAUUUACUUCAAAUAUUUUAGAAAGAAAGAUAAAUAAUAUUAAUCGGAAAACAGAAAUAAUGGAGGGGCGUGAUCAGAAUAUGAAUGGAUAUGAUUCUAUUUCUGAUGGGUUGAAUAUUUCAAACGCUAAAGUAGAAUUGAACUAUGCAGUAUAA